AUGCGGUUACUUAUGGUUAUUGCAAUCGUUAUAUUUGCAAUGCCAAUAACGGGAUUCGGUUGGGCUGAGGGCUCUAAUAUAUUACUUGAUCCAUAUUUAAUGUGUAAAAAGACACGCCGGCUACGUGGUAAAAUGGCUGAAAUUUGCCGUCACGAUUCUGCUCUUCUAAAGGAGAUCAUCAACGGCAUUAAUCUAGGCUUCCGAGAAUGUGAAUUUCAAUUUCGGAAUCGUCGCUGGAAUUGCACUGCUUUACGUAAAAGCAUGAGAAAAAUCCUAAUGAGAGAUACUCGAGAAACCGGUUUUGUAAACGCUAUUACUUCGGCCGGUGUUACUUAUGCGGUGACCAAAGCAUGUACCUUAGGGAACUUAAUUGAAUGUUCUUGCGAUCGCAGCCAUUCGCGACGAAAUGGCGGUCAACCACAAAUGGUAAAUGCUGUUACGGCGGUUGCAGCCUUAGAACGACAGCAAGCAGCCUAUGAAAAGAUUAAUACAACAAAUGUUGCAAAACGUGGCAGAGGUAAAAAUCGCCGGGGGAGACUUCUAAAGAACAUUAAAUUCCCAGAAGGCGAAUGGGAAUGGGGUGGUUGCAGUGAUAAUGUCAAUUUUGGAUUUCGUCAUUCUCGCGUAUUUUUAGAUUCUCGAUAUAGGCGUCGAAGUGAUUUGCGUACAAUGGUAAAAUUACACAAUAAUCGAGCAGGACGUUUGACUAUACGUGACUCGAUGCGAUUGGAAUGCAAAUGCCACGGAUUAUCUGGAUCAUGCACUGUGAAAACAUGUUGGUUGAAAAUGCCACCUUUUCGAGAAGUGGCUGCCCGUCUACGCGAUAAAUUCGAUCGUGCCUCGAAAGUUAUAUUACGUAACGACGGUAAUAGUUAUAUGCCCGAAAUUGAAACGUUGAAACAACCCACAAAGUAUGAUUUAGUCUAUUCGGAUGAUUCGCCUGAUUUUUGUGAGCCGAAUAUGCGUACCGGUUCUGUGGGAACACAGGAACGAGAGUGCAAUGCUACGUCAUUAAAAUCAGAUAGUUGCGAGCAAUUAUGCUGCAAUCGGGGCUACAAGCAUCGCAUUGUCUCCGAAUGGGUUAAUUGUAAAUGUGUAUUUAAAUGGUGCUGUGAGGUAACAUGUGAGAAAUGCCUUGAAAAACGUGAAAUCAAUACUUGUUUAUAGUAUGUAAACAAUACUUUUGUAAAAUUUUAAAAAUUUCUUGUAAAAAAAAGAAGCUUUCC